UGCUCCUUUCGUAUACAAAAUCAAAAGAAAAACCCAUAAAACAAUGGCAUCUCAAACCAUUGAGAGCUAUCGCGAGGGCGCUGAGAUCGUCCGUGGCGACGCUGUUUGCAAGAAGAAGUCUAUCGAAUUGCUCGAAGAGCUCGGCCUUCCGAAAGGACUUUUCCCUUUGGAAGACAUUGAGGAGUUUGGCUACAACCACGCCGUUGGGUUCAUAUGGUUAGUUCAGAAAAAGAAGAGAGAGCACACGUUCAAGAAGAUAAAGCAGGUGGUGUCGUACGCCGCGGAGGUGACAGCCUUUGUUGAGAAGGGCAAGCUGAAGAAGGUAACGGGAGUGAAGGUGAGGGAGCUUCUGCUGUGGCUCACCGUAGUGGAAGUGUACAUCGAAGACCCUACGAUUGGAAAAAUCACUUUUAAGACCAGCACGGGGUUAGCCGAUAGCUUUCAUGUUUCUGCGUUCGAGCUCGGAGAAUAGAGAGAGAGAGAGGGACACAGAAUGAGUUUAAACUUUUGGGUUAGUGUUAUGCGGGGUUAUAUGAAGAAUUUAAUAAUUUAUAGUUUAUAAUUUUACGUAGGUGUUGUCCACAAGUUAAUUAGCUUAGGUGAGUUGUGCCGUCAUGUUCUACUAUACCUCCAGUGUACUGUAAUAUUCAAGUCGUGUAAUAUUCAAUAAAAUCAUUUAUUUUAACUAA